AUGAGGAGCCGGAAGCUCACAGAUGGAGUGCGGUCUUCAGCCCGCCUGAGAAGCCGAGGGUGCCCAGAGGCCGACUUGGCCUCCACGCAGGAAGUGGACAUCCCCAAGUCGACCAAGACUGCUUGUCUGGCUGUGUCACACAAAGCCACCAACAGGCGAACGACCAAGAAGUUCAAGUAUGACAAAGAUAAUCUUGUGAAAUCAGAAUUUCAGCAGCUCAUCUCCACCAGUGCUGUUGCUUCCUUGCCGAAAAUAGCGCCCAACACCCAUUGUGCAGAAGAGCCUCAAGAGCUUGGCUACCACCCCGUGGUUCCCCAAGGCAGCAAGGGCAGCACUUCUGCCACGCAGGAGGGUGAGGGAUCCCUUGAUUCCUGUGCCAUCCGAAAGGACGGAGGCCCACCACAGACUGACGAUAGCCUGUCCCCGCCAGAGCACAAUGCUGCUCCUGAGGCAGAAGAGUCCAACAGCAACUCCACGCCAUGGGAUGAGCCAGCCCUGGAGGCCGAGGAGACGCAGAAGCCGCCACUGCAGAUGGACAACAGUGUCUUCCAAGAUGAUGACAGCAACCAGCCCAUGCCCGUGAGCCGGUUCUUCGGGAACGUGGAGCUCAUGCAGGACCUUCCACCAGCAUCGUCAGCUUGUCCUUCCAUGAGCAGACGAGAGUUCAGGAAGAUGCAUUUCAGAGCCAAAGAUGACGACGACGACGACGAAGAUGAUGCAGAACUGUAA